AUGAAAGUCCGUCAGGACCAGCCAAUGCCUUCACGAGAAGAGGCAGACGCUCUCCUGGAACGUUAUUUCCGAUUUGCGACCCCGACCUAUCGCUUCCUACACCGGCCGACGCUUGAGAAGUGGACAUCCGGCCUGUUGACCGGGGAGCGCUUGUCGACGGCAGAGGCGGCCUGCACACUCCUAGUCUUCUCGCAGGCACUACUGUACAUGAAAGACAAUGACAGGUACGUCGAUGGCGGCGAUCAAGACCUGCAUCGCAGCCAGUUCUAUUUCGAGAGGGCCAAGUCUCUACUCAAUCAAGAACCAGGCCCGGCGUCCCUUGCGAGCGUGCAGUCCAGGCUGGCUCUAUGCCUGUACCUGCUCAGCACGUUCCGCAUAAACGAAUGCCGAUACGUGUUCAGCCUCGCCUGCACGAUUUUGACCUCACUCGGCCUGCACCGGGAGUCCUCUGCGGCUUCCAGCAAACUCGAUCUCGUGGCGCUCGAGUCGCGAAAGCGCACGUUCUGGUGCGCUUAUGUCCUGGAUGACUACCUCAGCGUGAUGCUCGGCCGGCCAAGAAUGCUUCGCGACGAGGACAUCGACCAGCCCUACCCGCGCAACAUCGACGACCAAGACCUGCUGUCCUCGGAAUCACCUGAUGAGCUCCCCCUGCACGGCAACCUGGAAGCCUUCAUCGCGCACGCCGACCUCGCCAAGCUCAUGGGCCGGAACAGCGAUCUGCUCUACCCGCUGCAACCUUUGACGGAGGACCAACUAUUCGACCGGACCAAUGAAAUGCUCGACUCGGUCACCCAGUGGCGGGACAGGCUCCCAGACUUCCUCAAGCCCCGGGACAAGACGCUCGCAGGCCACCGGACGUUCGAACGCCAAAACACCGUCCUCAAGCUGGCGUACGCGCACUUGCGCAUCCUCGUCACACGCCGGUGCCUGCUCGCCGAUUUCAGCCGUCUAGGCCACAGCACGCCGUCCCCAGCGAUGUCCAUCCUCGACGACCGUGCGUUGAAGCCCCUCCAGGAAUGCGUCGCUGCCAUCACCACGAUCUUGAACGCCACUCACGACCUAAUCCAGCGCAAUGCCCUGUACCAGGCCUUUUGGUUCACGCAGUACAUUGCCCUGGUGGCCAUCUCGACACUCUACGUCUACGUGAUCCAGAGCAGCCGCGCUAGUCUGCCGGCUGGGAUCUUUCCCGGGGUAGAUGCAAUAUUUGACAAGGCAAGACUAUGCCAGGAUUAUCUCGCGAAGUUGGCUCCAGAGGGCAGCCAGGCACGCCGCCAUUGUAAUCUCCUAAGCCGCCUGCGCCGACGCGCCGAGAAGGACGCCGCGCGGGCGAGGAGGGUCGACAUGGGUGUGGGUACGGUCGUGGGUGCUACUACAGUUGCGGCUGACUCUGGCUCUGAAUCAUCGUUGCCAGCCCGUGUAAACGUGCCUUCUGCAUCCGAGGCCGCGACGACUAGAGGACCAGUCGUGGAAUCAGAAGGGCAUGGACGGGGAAUAGACUCGCAAAGGGAUACAGGUGCCUCGGAUCACCAGGACGGUGGUACUGCCGGUGGUGCUGUUGGUGUUGGUGAGAACUUCCGCGGACUCGAGGCUGCGAAUCUUGAUCUUGCCGCGGACAAGGGGGUUACAGCGCAGUUCACGCCUUCGGAGGAUGAUUUCAUGUUUCAGAAUCUUCUGGGCUGGGGAUGGGAGACCUUGGACACGGUUGGGUUUCCGGGAGAUGGGGAUGUGUUCAAGUUGUCUGCGUGA